AUGCGCGCAAUCCCGUCAGAGCCAAUCACCUGCCGAUACACGCAAGACAAAGGACCCCGUCCGGGACAUGUGGUCUUAAUCCGCUCACUGGAACACCUAAAAACUCAUAAACUUCGAAGAACCCCAUCGAAGCAUUCUUCACCGGUCAGUCUAACCUGCGGUGAUUGGACCGGCGACGCCGGGAUCAUCGGCGAGUGGUGGGUCGGCAUCUUUGUACCAUUCGGCAUCGCGAGGGUUGGGCCUGGGCGCAAUUUCACUGGAUCCGUGGGUAGCCCUCAUCUCCAACCCGGCGACCCUGUCGAUCUAGGAUCUGAAGAGUCGGAGAAGAGUCUGGAAGGGUGUGUUCGUCCGCAGCCACUAGUGCGGUGGGAUGGUAACUGCCUAUUUGAGUAG